GAAUAACUCUGUACAUAGCGACAUAGAAAAACCCUAGCAGUAUAUUACUCCUCUCAGCUUCUCAAUUUGUAGACUGCUCGCGCUUCUACUCCUUCAGAUCGCCGAAAAUGCCGUUCAAGAGGUUCGUGGAGAUUGGAAGGGUAGCCCUAAUCAACUACGGAAAGGAUUAUGGAAGGCUCGUUGUUAUCGUCGACGUCAUCGACCAAAAUAGGGCUCUUGUUGAUGCUCCGGACAUGGUGAGGAGCCAGAUGAACUUCAAGAGGCUUUCUCUUACAGAUAUCAAAAUUGACAUCAAAAGAAUCCCAAAGAAGAAGACCCUGGUUGAGGCUAUGGAAGCUGCUGAUGUGAAGACCAAGUGGGAGAACAGUUCAUGGGGAAGGAAGUUGAUAGUGCAGAAGAGGAGGGCUGAACUUAAUGAUUUUGACAGGUUCAAGCUUAUGUUGGCAAAGAUUAAGAGAGCCGGAGUUGUGAGACAGGAGCUUGCAAAGCUCAAGAAGACUGCUGCUUGACAACUCUCUGAUCAGUUCAACUGAUAUAUAGGAUUUUUGGAUCUUGUAUUUUGUUUAGCUUUGAUGGAUGUUAUUAGAAGUCGUCUGUUAUAUUUCAUGCCUUGCAAUAUUUAAGACUUUUUUAUAUCAAUUUUUGUCUGAGAUUUUUGCUGAAUUAUGAUAUGGGAAACCGCCAACUUCUGUAUCAUCUGCUGCUCCUUCUUUCCUGAA